CGGAAGUUGAAUAUUGUAAAAACCGUGAAAACCAACUUGAAAAUUAUGAUAAUUAGCUAUUAUCAGUUAAUUGAAACCAUAAAAGAGCAUUUUUUUGUAAGAUAGAAAGUAGUAUUAAUCAAACACAGAGAAAAGAACAAUAAAAUGGCGUAUUUUAAGGUGUUUUUGACAGUUGUGCUGUUGGGCCUGAUUAAUAAUGCUUAUUGCAAACCUGCUGACGAUAACAAUAAUCAGAAUGAAUUUUACAACUUUCUCAUGGGAAACACUUCAAAAGAAUCAAUGGAUGCUUGCUUAGAUGAAGUUGGUAUGACCAAAGACGAGCUUCGCGAAAAUAGACACAAGCAACUAAUUAGCGAAAAGUGUUUGUGCUUGGCCAAAUGCAUUGCCACCAGUUCUGGAAGACUUGGUGAAGAUGGAACCAUCAAUAUUGCCGAGAUCAAAUCUAGUUUCCCAGAAAAAAUGAAGGAUGAACUGGACACUACAAUUGCAUGCAUGGAAAAACUCGAUAAAAUCACUAGUUGCGCUGGCAUGGAUGAUGUUUUGAAAUGUUUACCUAAACCUCCAAAGAAGGAUAAUUGAGCUUAGGAACCUACAAAAUCUCCUAAACUAAUGUUGGAAAAAUAUAUUGUUGAUGUUUAUUAAAAAUUAAGCUAAGAAAUGCAUUGUUUUUGAUUUUUCAUCCCUUUAAUAAAAGUUAUUGAAUCUGUAAAAAUAUAGAAUUCCUCGUAGAAUUCGAAUUAUCUUAUGAAGGAAAAACCAGCAAAAGUUACAGUAAUUUGUUUAUGAGAAUUUUUGCAUCAAAAACAAUGGAAAUUUGGUUUCUGGAUGUAUAAAAGAGGAAAAAUCAAAUACGAGAGCUACUAAUUUUUUUUUCCAAAGUUAUGAAAUAUUCUGUUAAAGGUUAAAUCAAUUUUUCUUCGGAUUCUACUUAAUAUGACAAGUAUGAUAUCAAUUAUUACAAGCUUUGAAUGCGUCUGUAAAUACUUUAUUCUAAUGUUGAUAUGUUGAUAUGACGUCAUCA